AUGCUGGCACCAAGUAGAAGAAAGGUGCUCGGAAGAGCCCUUUCAAGCCCUGCCGCUGCUGCCACUUCCGUCACACUUCCAGCAUUCCUCGUGCCCGCCUUUCAAACCACCGCAUCGCCCCGGCGCCAAUUUUCCAACACCUCCAGCCGCCCCUCAAAGCUCGGCAGAACCCCGAUAUCGAUCCCGCCCACCGUCGAGCUGGCCAUCAGCGAGCCCAGGGUCAAGAAGGACGUGACCACGUAUCUCAGGGUAGCGAAGCGGACGGUUACCGUGACGGGCCCGCUGGGCAAGCUCGAGCUUGAGAUUCCGCAAUUCCUCACCAUCCACCACGACGAGACGGCGAGGAGGGCGCAGGUCAGCAUUGAGAAUGCCGAGAUCACGCAGCAGAUGGAGAUGUGGGGAACCACCUGGGCGUACCUCAACCGAUACAUCAUCGGCGUGUCCGAAGGCUACACUGCCAUCCUGCGAUUGGUGGGUGUAGGUUACAGGGCGACCGUCGAGGAGCGACCUAGGAAGGAGGAAUACCCGGGACAGAAAUUCGUGUGCGUGAAGCUGGGUUUUACGCACCCGGUGGAGGAGCCAGUGCCCCUGGGAGUGAAGGCCAGCACGCCGCAGCCGACGAGAAUUCUGCUCGAGGGCAUCGACAAGGAAGUGGUCAUGUCCUUCGCGGCGCGGAUACGUAAGUGGAGACGACCUGAGCCGUACAAGGGGAAGGGUAUAUUCAUAAACGACGAGACGAUCAAGCUCAAGCAGAAGAAGAUCAAAUAG